AUGUCUGAGGCUGCCAGCAUCAUCACGUCGACCUUCCAGCACUUCAAUUUCGCAAUUCCAGACCUGGGAAGAUCCCCUGGCGCAUGGAAAAGAGUGAUCAAGCAGUGGGAGGAAGUUGAUCCAGUGACAAAGCAUGCCUUGAAGGACUGGCCAGGGGAGUGGUACAAGGGCAGCAGUGCCAUGGCCGGCAAGCGGAUGCAGAGGAAGAUGAUAUUUGACAAGUAUGUAAGGUUGUGCCAGGAUGAGGGGGUGUUCCUCAGCAGAUAUCCAGAUGCCAACAAAAGCAUCCCAAAGCUUUUGGAGGCAAUCAGGUGGAAUAACGGCAGAACAUGCUCCAGCAAGCACGGAACGGCCAAGGAGUGCAAAUCAAAGUCACCUCUCAGCUCACUGCCUGAAACCGAAAUCGAGACUGAAAUCUGA